UGACAGACUGCCUCCUGUUACCGCACCAAGACUGACAACCUAAGCAGUGGCUCCGCCCAAAGAGCAAGCUUCUCGCCCUCCGACGGGAGGCCCGGCAAGAUCGUCCUCUGGACAGCACCUUGCUAUUUUGUGACGCUGCUCCAGACCCCAAGAUGUCCAAGAUCUUGGGCCUUCCCUUGAGGCGUGACGCUCACGACCCGAAACACCUCUCAUACAGCGUGCACACCACAUUUCAGAUUUUAAUGAUUUACACUGCAAUCAAGCAAAGAGGCUGCGAACUCAAAAGCCAGCAACAACUGAACAUUUAAACUCCAACGUCAACAGUCAGAAUACAGCCCUCAAGGCGGCCAGCUGGGACCCUGCCGGCGGCACCGCGCACCCAGAACCCAGCACGAGCAGUCGCUGAGCCGAUGGGCGGGGCCCAGCUGUAGCUUUGGCUACGUCGCGGGCAGCCUGGGAGCCAAUCCGCGGCGGGCUGAGCCGUUGCCUUGGCUACACCGUCUGUUAGGGCCGCGCACGAGAUCAGUAACUGAGACCUCACCGCGUUGCCCCAGCACCAGGGCUCGCAGGGGUCCCGCGAGGGUCUCGGUAGCCGCGCGCCCCGAGACCCCCGCCGCGGCCCGAUUCUCUGAGCGCCAGACAUGAACCGCAAGAAGCUGCAGAAGCUGACGGACACCUUAACUAAAAAUUGCAAGCAUUUUAAUAAAUUUGAAGUGAACUGUCUUAUAAAGCUUUUUUAUGACUUGUUGGGAGGAGUAGAGAGGCAAGGUCUGGUUGUUGGACUGGAUCGUAAUGCAUUUCGAAACAUCCUGCAUGUGACAUUUGGAAUGACAGAUGACAUGAUUAUGGACAGAGUAUUCCGAGGUUUUGAUAAAGAUAAUGAUGGCUGUGUAAAUGUAUUGGAGUGGAUUCAUGGAUUAUCACUGUUUCUUCGAGGAUCUUUGGAAGAAAAAAUGAAAUAUUGCUUUGAAGUAUUUGAUUUGAAUGGUGACGGAUUCAUUUCAAAGGAGGAAAUGUUUCACAUGUUGAAGAACAGCCUUCUCAAACAGCCAUCUGAGGAAGACCCUGAUGAAGGAAUUAAAGAUUUGGUUGAAAUAACACUUAAGAAAAUGGAUCAUGACCAUGAUGGAAAGCUGUCUUUUGCAGACUAUGAACUGGCUGUGAGAGAAGAGACUCUUCUACUGGAGGCCUUUGGGCCAUGUCUUCCUGAUCCAAAGAGCCAGAUGGAAUUUGAAGCUCAAGUAUUCAAAGAUCCAAAUGAAUUCAGUGAUAUGUGAAUAACUAAAUGUCUAUAUUGUCUCAAGUGACAAUGUGCUAUCAGCCCUCACUUGGUCCCGGCACCUCCUCAGCCUCGAAGUCCACUCUGUCCGCGCUUGAGGAGCCCUUCAGCCUGCCACUGCACUGUGGGAUUCCCUCUCUGGGCAGGCCUAGGCCAGAGCCGGCUACCUCUGCUUGUGGGGAGGUGUGCAUGGAGAGGCGCAGGCUGGAACCGGGGCUGCACGUGGUGCUUAUGGGCCAGCACGAGUUCUGGGUGGGCGCCGGCUUGGCUAGCCCCGCACUUGGAGUGGCCGGCUGGCCUGCGGGUGCCGCCGGCCCUGGGCAGUGAGGGGCUUAGCACCCGGGCCAACAGCUUCGUAGGGUGCACUGGGUCCCCCAGCACUGCCCGCCCGCCCAAGCAGCGCUAGAAUUCUUGCCGGGCCUCAGUUGCCUCCCCACGGGGCAGGGCUCGGGACUUGCAGCCCGCCAUGCCCAAGCCCCACCCGACCUGUCUGGGUGGGCUCCCGCUCCGCCCAAACCUCCCCCACAGGCCUGCCCCCUGCUCCACAGUGCCUGGUCCCAUCGACUGUCCAAGGGCUGAGGAGUGCAGGUGUGCAGCUUACAGUUUACUAACCUUCUCUAAACCAAUCAUUUUGAAUUCUUUGUCAGGAAAUUCAAGGAUUUCCAUUUCUUUGGGGUUGGUUACUGGAAAAUCAGUCAUGUUUCAUUGGUUUUAUAUGUUUCUUGUAGCUUUGCAUUUAUAUCUACACACGAAGGAGCAGUCACCUCUUCCACACUUUUAUGGGCUGCCUUUGGUGGGGAAAGACCUUCACCUAUUGGUGGGUGUGAAGGCACCAGCUGGGGUGUGACAGCUCUGGCUCCAGGUGGAUACAUCUUGGACUCUGGGCAGCUUAAUCAGCUGGGGUCAGCAUCAGUGAAGACUGUGGGCACCAUCAGUCAUAAAAACUGUGGGUGUCCAUGAUGGUGACAAAAGCUGCUGGGGUCCUCAGUGGUGAAGGCUACUGGACUUCUGCUCUCCUUUUUACCCACAGAGAGAGGUCACAGCCAAAACGAUCCCCUUUGUUGCCAAGCUGUGCCAGGGUAGAAGAUGAGGUGAUGCAGAUAAAACGCUUCCAACACUUUUAUAUACAGCUGUCCUUGGUUUGGGGGUGCUUUAAUGGGUUCCUGCAGCUUCUUCACUGUACUCUGGAGUAUUCUCAGAGCUAUUUUUGUUGGCAAGUAGCUGUUAAAUUCUUGCUUUUGUUGGGGAGACAAGAGCUGGGAUCUCCUAGUGUAUCAUCUUGUUGAUAUUACUUGCCUGCUUUUAAUAUUUUAACUAAUUUUUCUGAUUACAAAGGAAUUGAGGUUCUCUGAAGAAUAUUUCAGAUAUUUAGGAAAUUUUAAAAUAAGAUGAAAAUAUUGAUUAAUAUUCUGAUAUAAAUCCUUCCAGACUUUUACAAUGCAUUUGUAAGUACACCUACAUUUUUGCAAAGAGAAUACUGUAUUUUUCAGAUGCUCAUAUUGAAAAUGCACUUUUGUCUUGGUGUACUACUAUUUUGUGAACAUUUUUUAAGGUCAUUAUUUGUCUGUAGCUUGACUUGUAAUGGCUGCCUGGUAUUCCAUCAUGACUGACUUUAUUAAACCACUUUCCUGCCAUUGACAUGUC